AUGGCGACGGCGGGACGGCGCGCGCCGGGGAAACGCCUAAUCGUGAACCAUCCUUACGACGAGACCCUGGAGCUGCUGGAGGCCGAAGAGGGGCGCGGCACGGCGGAGAGGCCAGCCGGGGCCCGCCCGCGGGGAUCCCGCCGGCCUGGGCUGCCCGCGGCGGGCAGCGGCGCGGCCGAUCGCAGCAAGGACGAAGAGGGCAGCGUCGGCAAGGAGGAGGCGGCCGCCUCCGCUGCCCUCAGCGACGGCGGCGACGACGAUGACGACGACGACUCGGAAGAGAAGGAGGAUUCCUCCGAGAGCGACUCGGAAGACGACUCAGAGGAGCACGGGGCUGCGCUGGAGGGUGAUUUGAAUCUGGCAGAUUAUGACUACCUGCCAGUGUCCUCUGAACUCAGAGAACUCUUUGAGUAUGUCAAAAGAUACACUCCCAAGAUAACAGAAAUUGAACACAAACCUCAGCCUUUUAUUCCAGAUUUUAUUCCUGCUGUUGGGGACAUUGAUGCAUUCCUAAAGGUUCCCCAUCCAGAUGGCAAGCCAGAUAACCUUGGCCUGCUGGUGCUGGAUGAGCCAUCCACCAAGCAGUCAGAUCCCACGGUGCUCUCCCUUUGGCUGACAGAGAACUCCAAGCAGCACAAUAUCACUCAGCAGAUCAAAGUGAAGAGUUUGGAGAAUGCAGAGAAGAACCCCAAAGCCAUUGAGAGCUGGAUUGAGAGUAUCAGUGAGCUGCACUGCUGCAAACCUCCUGCCACAGUCCACUACACCAGGCCAAUGCCUGACAUUGAGACCCUGAUGCAGGAGUGGUCACCAGAGUUUGAGGAACUCCUGGGAAAGAUGGGCCUCCCGACGGCGGAGAUGAUCUGCGAGCUGGCUGAGUACAUCGACAUAGUCUGUGCCAUUCUGGACAUCCCUGUCUACAAGAGUCGGCUCCAGCCCUUGCAUGUCCUUUUCUCCCUCUACUUGGAGUUCAAGAACUCACAGCAUUUCAAGUCCCUGGCUGAGGGGAAGAAGGGCAGGAGCUCACCAUGCAACCCACCCUCACAAGCAGCAGACAUGGAGGUGCUGAGCUUUGCCUGAAGCUUCACGUUAAACCCUCACUGACGUCAUGGGUCAGUGUCUGCUGCUGAUGGACAUCAGGGUUUGACAAGAGCAGCCCAGGAAGCAGCACUCCAUGCUCCAGCAGCCUCCAGUUUUUACAGACACUGCUGAGCUGUUCUGACUCAUCACGUUUAUUGCAGAAGAUGCCUAAUUGCUCUGGUUUAGACUCAUUCCCAAGAACCUCAGCAUUAA